AUGGACACAUCAUGGAAGAUUGUUUACAAGCAACGCAGAGAAAGACGUGCCUCGAGCUCAACCAUCAGUGCUCGCACAGGCUCAACACCUUCUCCCUCUCGCUCGCUCAGACUUCUCGACGACAUGAGACACAUCCUUGCCCCUGAGCCUGACUAUGGCGGAAACAUAGCACAACUCGAGAUGUCUAUGGACAAAAUAUGGGAGUUUAUAAACCAGAUCAACGAUGAGGGUCCCGAUGAGUUUCUCAAGACGAAUCAUCUCAAGAUCGUCAUCGACUCAACAGACUUUGGUGACUGGGAAGACGAUAGCUGGUGUCUCUUCUUGGCUACCUUCAAGCCCCUUUCUCAGAAAGUCGCCCACCUGAGUAUUCACAUCAAGGGCAACAUCCUCUUCACUCGCCACAAUUAUGUCAAGCCUGAGAUCCACAUCAACGAAGAGGUACUUGCUGUCAAAGGCAAGGGCAAGGGUCUCGAACAUGACUUGGGACCUUACAACGCCGCCCCCGUCUCCAACGACAACAAGGCAGACCCUUUGAAGAAGCCCAAGUUCACUCGCUCGAGCAUGAACUCUACUGCCAACGCCGACUGGCUGCCUUCCUCACUCAACACCCCUGCCGCCGAAACAGCCAAGAAAGGUUCUUCCUACAUCACCAAGAAGGUGCCCUCCCACCUCAUCAAUCUUCACAUCUACGAGAGAGCCAUUAUUCCAGCCCUGAUCGACCUCUUCAAGGACCGCCCUUCACCACUCGCCUUCAUCACCAUCCAAGGCCCCAUGGAACUAUCUCUACGCCGCCACAUCAUCAGUUCCAUCAAUCCUUCGUUCAUGUCCUCCAUGAUCCUACUCAACGAAGCCGGCUACUCCAUCAACGACGAACCUCAAGUCAGUCAAGUCCAGGCCUGGGAAGCCAGUGGCCCCGAACUUGUGUUCUUGAAGAAGGGCAUCCAGGAUCCCGAUGACUUUGGCCAGUGGAACAAGAAAAGCAUAGAGGAUGUCAAUAUGCAUGCUUUGGGAGAAUGGAUCGUGCCUUCGGGUAAGGGUGCUAGAGGUGUUUGGGGCUGGAGAGUUGGUGGCCCUAGAGUCAAGGUUUGGAGAGGUCCUGUUGGUGGUUGGAAUGGUCGAGAUGGUAUCUGA